AUGUUCAAGUCAGCUCAAACACCCAUACAUCCAUCUCCCCUCCCCAUGGCCUACAACAACCUCACACCCAAAACUCGGCUGGGCGUCGGCGUCGCCAUCAUCGCAUGGGGCGGCUUGGGAUUGUAUCUAUCUGACAAAGCCGAGGAGAAGCUUGGAUUUACGCCGACCGAGGAGGAUAAGGCUGAGCUGCGCAACAUGACACCCAAAAUCACCACUGUGGACAAGAGCCAGAGGUGA